UGCGGCGGCGACGGACUCGCGAAGGUUCCAGAGGCGCCGCGUGCGGGAGGCGGGCCGGGUCUCGCGCCGGGUCGGGUGUGCGCGCAGGCUUUGGGUCCUGCGACUCGUGCGGGUGGGGCCGGCGUUCGGGAAAGCGCGUUCGGUGUGGUGUUUCCUGUUCUCUCCCCUGCGCGUCUGCAGCUCGGGCCUUGCUUGAUCAGCCCGACCAUGGCUUCAGCUUUGGAAGAGCUACAGAAAGAUCUAGAAGAGGUAAAGGUGUUGCUGGAAAAGACCUCUAGAAAAAGAGUACGUGAUGCCCUUACAGCUGAAAAAUCCAAGAUUGAGACAGAGAUCAAGAACAAGAUGCAGCAGAAAUCACAGAGAAAAGCAGAACUUCUUGACAAUGAAAAGCCAGCUGCUGUGGUUGCUCCCAUUACAACAGGAUAUACAGUGAAAAUCAGUAAUUACGGAUGGGAUCAGUCAGAUAAGUUUGUGAAAAUCUACAUUACCUUAACUGGAGUUCAUCAAGUCCCCACUGAGAACGUGCAGGUGCACUUCACAGAGAGGUCAUUUGAUCUUUUGGUAAAGAAUCUAAAUGGGAAGAGUUACUCCAUGAUUGUGAACAAUCUUUUAAAACCCAUCUCUGUGGAAGGCAGUUCAAAAAAAGUCAAGACAGAUACUGUUCUUAUCUUAUGUAGAAAGAAAGCAGAAAACACACGGUGGGACUACCUGACUCAGGUUGAAAAAGAAUGCAAAGAGAAAGAAAAGCCCUCCUAUGACACUGAAACAGAUCCUAGUGAGGGAUUAAUGAAUGUUCUAAAGAAAAUUUAUGAAGAUGGAGAUGAUGACAUGAAGCGAACCAUUAAUAAAGCCUGGGUGGAAUCAAGAGAGAAGCAAGCCAAAGGAGACACAGAAUUUUAAGACUUUAAAGUCAUUUUGGGAACUGUGAUGUGGAAAUAAUGAUGUUUCCAAGGAGGAAAUGUUGGUGAGCUGCACAGAUAAAUUUGACAAAUAACUACUUACACAGCCUUCUUCUAAGUAAAGGCAGUGAUUUUUCCCAUUUCCUCCUGGAGGAUUUAUUUAAAUAAAAUAUGCUUAUUAAACACUUCCUCCAAAGAUGGUUUCCUUAGUAAUCUGGGCAUUUUGUUCAAAAAAGGAUAAUAUCGUAUUCUUGUGUGAAAUGUAAAACAGCAAGUCUUGCCUAAUGAUAAUGCCACAUUGUGUGUAUUUUUGUUCAGCUAAGAGGUAGAAACAAAAGUUCUUGUUUGCAUAUAAGUUCCUGAUUAUCAGCUCUCACCAUUGUAAGAGUAAGUAAAAAUAAAACCUGAAUUUUUGCAUAAAAUG